UACCAUUAGACUUUCUCACUACAAAACCAACGGAGAAAAAGCUAAUUUUACAAUGAGAUCAGAAAAAAUAUUUUUGUUGUUUGUUCUGUUACCUAUUGUUACAGUAGAGACAGGAGUCUUUGACUUUUUCAGUGAGCUUUUUGGCUAUGACAAUUUACAACCUUUUAAUUCUACAGAGUUUGCGAAAGAUCUAAGGAAGUCUCUAUAUGGGCAGCACAUUGCACUGGAAACGAUACUGAAAGCUGUGACCUGGUUUAUGAAACAUCCAAAUCCACCAAAACCACUAGUGCUUUCUUUACAUGGACCAACAGGAGUGGGAAAAACUUACAUCACGAAAAUCAUUGCAAGAAAUAUUUAUGAAAAGGGGGAAAAUAGCAAACAUGUUCACACAUUUAUAGCCACAUUUCACUUUGUACACAAAAUCGAAUUACCAAAGCAUGAGGCUCAACUUAAAGCAUGGAUUUAUGGAAAUGUUUCAAGUUUUCCACGCUCCAUGUUUAUAUUUGAUGAAAUGGACAAGAUAAACCCACAUCUAAUAGAGACUAUCAAACCUUUUCUGGACUACAUGCCCCAUGUGGAUAGAGUGUCAUUCAACAAAGCAAUCUUCAUUUUUAUCAGUCAAUCAGGUGCGAAUAUGAUUAACGAGGUUGCUCUGGAUUUCUGGAGAAAAGGCAAAGAAAGAGACGAACUACAGAUGCACACAGAGGGAAUGGAGACUAAACUUUAUCAAACAAUCUUUAAUGAUAAGUACAGUGGAUUUUGGCACUCCUGUCUAAUAGAUGAGCACCUGGUGGAUCACUUUGUUCCUUUCCUGCCUCUGGAACUGAAGCAUCUAAAGCAGUGUGUACUGGCUGAAAUGACCUAUAUGAACAUCACUCAUGAUUAUGAUGUGAUGGACAGCGUGCUCAAAGACAUGCCCUUUUUCCCCCCAGAGGAGGAAGCCUUCUCUAUUAAAGGCUGCAAGACAAUCCAUAAUAAGUUGGGGCUAUAUACAUAUUAAUAUAAUUAAUAUAUAAUAUUUUGGCAGCUAUGUAAUUUUUUUAAUAAUUAUGAAAUCGAUUUUUGCUUCCUUUUACAUAUUUAUUUCCUUUAAUAAAAGAGGUUAAGUUAGACUAUGAUUUAUUGUUUUACAUCUGGAAUGUAGAUACUAAUGCUAAAGAAUAUUAUUAAUGUGUGCACGUUAAUAUGCUUGCACUUAUCCUCAAACAUCAUUGGUUACUUCCUGUUUUCCGGAAGUCACUUGCGAUUGGAGCACCUUGAUCAUCAAUGUCAAGGUUGUAGACAGUCCCUUAAAAGAAUAUUUGUGCUCUGAUAAGAUCGGCCAUUGAUUAUGGCAGUAUGGUAUAUACUGUAGCUCUGUAUGUAAAACACAACUUUUAAAAGUAAAGGCAAUACAAUCACAAGCAAUGAAAAUGUGUUGCGGAGCUCUUCCCAUUGCCUUUGGUUGAUUUCCAAUUGCAUAAAGAAAAACAUAACAAUGAAACAAGUGUAUUAGAAAGUUAAUUUGUACAGAAAUAUUUAGAUCUUACUUAUUAUAGUGCAGUACAAUUGUACACUGACGGUUCAAAUGAUCCAGAUUCUGGGAAAUAUUUUAUUUUUAUUUGUUAGUUUAUGUAUAAGCAACCACUUUUAUAUACAUAU